AUGCAGUUCACAAUUCUGUCCCGCAAAGUUCCGACCCUGAACGAUACACAAUUCCGCCAUGAAUUCCAGGUCGUCCACGCUGAGCAAACCAAGGCCAUCGCCCGAAAUCUGGGCAUCAUCCACGAAUAUGAGCAAGGUCUAGCUCUGGCAACCCUUGAUCAGCCAGAACUACAGCAAGCUGCUCUCUUUCCCACAAGAGAAACACCCAAUUAUCAGGCCUUUGCCCGGCUGACCUGGCCCAGCCUAGAGGUCAUGGAGGGAUCCUUCACGACAGAGGAUUACCGCCGAUCGGCUGGAGAGCACAUCUUUGCGCAACCCUUUUGGAUAUUCUUAACCCAGCCGCUGGGUCAGGAUGGUGCCCGGAAUUUGGUGAAGGCCGCUGGCAGCAGCGAGGGCGACAACAUCCGAGUCAUUAUCCCCAUCCAGCCUCGUCUUGCCGAUGGAGGCGAUAAUGGCUCACAUUUCGAGGAGCAGUGGGAUGAACAUGCGUCUUUUGUACGCUCAACAGGCGUAGCGUAUACCCGACAUCGGAGUCUACAACUACCACCAGAUCGACUGGCUCAGAUAUUCGACCAAACGCAGUUCGAUCAUCGGCUCGUAAUGAUUGAGGGGGGGUACGAGGAAUUUGCAUUCGGGUCACGCGUGGCUGCAGAGGACUUUUUCAAGCAAUAUGCCCAGAAACUCCAAAACUCAUAUGAGCAGCUCCUGAACACAGCACAAUCGGAAGUAUUCGUGUUUAGUUGUGUGACGCAGUUUGCAGCAGAGCAAAGAGGCUGGUGGCAGUUAGGCGCGGGGUUGGUGGUUGGAACGGCGUUGAGGAUGAAGAUUCUGCUAGGUAGAUAA